AUAAUAAGGCGUUGACUUGCGCAGCACUUAUGCGUCAACUUUUGACAGCCCUAUUUAAAAUAUGUUUUCAAAUUAGAUAUAGGCGUACAGUUAGUGAUUUUAAUAGUGACAUCCGCAGUGAGUUAUUUUGUCACUUAAUUGAGCUAAGACAGCAUCAGACAGGCACUGUUUAUACACUUCUCCAGUCACACCUGACAUAGUCUUGCUAAUUAUAUCAAGGCCACCCUUUGCUGUGAGGCGGGCUAGUUAAGCUGUGUUUUGUUCUGCUGCAGCUACUGCUGUUGUAUCUCAUGAGCUAACUCUUGGCUGUUGGCUUCAGACCGGCACUUCAUGCCACUUUUCUAUUGACUGGUUUGGGACCUUGGUUUACCCUUUUAUUCUCUAAUGAGGGAACAGCACUUCACAUGAGUGAGGUCAAGAAAAACUGGACUAACCACGUAGGAUCACGGACAGAGAGUCAGAAUGAAGAUGCUGUCAUCACUGUUCACUGCGCUGCGGACCUUCAUUGAACUUAACUUCCAGUCAUCUGCCAUGUUUGAAGGCUCUGAGUCUGUCGAAUUGGAGGGAGGCAGCACAGAGAGCACCGUGGCCUCGUCCAUCAGUGCCUGCAAGAAGGUGCUGUGCAGCAACAGUGUGCUGGACUCGUCGGAGUACUGGCUGAGGAAUGAGAAAGCUCUGUGCAGGCUGGGCCUGCUGGACGACGACACGGAGGGCAGCUGCACCGUGAUCUGUUUUGUAAAUCUGGACCCUCUGAAAACGGACUGCCAUGAUGACAAAAGCAUCAAGAAGUUGGCAUCGAUGUCUCCAGACUUGCCAAAGCUUGUUGAAUUACUGACCGUCCACCAGCCGAAAGAAAAUGAGAUCUUACUGCUUGGUGGCCUAGAAGCCUCAGACGCUUGCCAAACACACCCACACUCCCCCUCACAGGGUGGGCAGCAGCAAAGAAGUACAGGCGUGUGCCUGGUUCAGUGUUCAGGGCAGAGACGCUCCACCCAACCUAGCAGCAUCAUCUUUGAUAUCAACAAGUUCCUGAUUGGUCUGCAGUGGGUAAAGGAAAGACAGCUUCAGCAGGGCCGAGCAACAGGACAGCGGGUCGAUGAUGACACCAAUCGCUCCAUUUCAUCCAUAGAAGAUGACUUCCUGACUGCCUCAGAACACCUUGGUGAUGACAGCGAGGAUGAUGGCCUCAGAAACGAAGCAGAGAGUGGUGACCUGGCAGAGAGCUUGGUAGAGGUUGCACAGAAACACUGUGUCAGACUUGCUUGUCAAAGAGUACAGCUGGCCCAUCAUCAAAACAGAGGGGAUGCUGAGGUGAAAAAGGAAGGGCAUCAGCGAACGAACCUCCACAGUAAGGAAUCAGCUGGUCAAUACGCCACCAAUCUGGCUGAGUCAGUACUGCAAGAUGCCUUCAUUCGACUCUCUCAAGAUGAAACCUCCUUUGUCUCUGAGGCGGCUGUCAGUGUGUCCCUCUCUAAUUGUCCGCCCAACUCCACUGGUCCUUCAAAGACCAGAGAGCCUUCUCAACAGCGCACCUGCUCCUUUGAGCUCCCUAAGAUUGUUAUAGUUCAAAGCCCAGACAGCUCUGAUGGGGCUGUAGAAUGGCCAGAGACCCAGGUGUCUCAUGUCCCUGACCAGGAUAUCACUGCCAAAGCCAGAGAGAUGCCAGACAAUGGGACACAGGCCCACAUUCCCCACCACAGUGGAGCACAACCAUCCAAGCAUGUAGAGGUGGCUUUGGCGUGUGCUGCUAAUGUCAUUGGCACCAUUACUACCCCACAGCUUACAGAACAGCUUGGUAUGGAAUCAGCUUCAGAGGAAGACACAGAGGAGGAGCUGCAAGAACCAGAGGAGAGAGGUGACUACUCCUUCUCCUCAGCCAUGUGUGGCAUGGCUCAAGUAGCUGGUGCUGUAGCCGCUGUGGAGUUAACAGAGGAGACAGUGGAGUGUGGCAAUUCUGACACAGAUCCUGCUGAAGUCUACACUGCAUCUCGUGGUCUGAUGUGUGCUGCUGAGGCCUCUACGGCCUUCACGCUGCACUGCAGUGUGGCGGAGGGUACCAGUGUUGAAGCCUUUCGUGCCAACAUUGCUGAGGUCUUACACAGGGAAGCAGCUGAUGUGCUGGCUCAACCACAAGGCUACAGGAGUGUAGCCCACCUGCUGGAGGCCACACAUAACAAGAUUGUAGAUGGCAUUACUUGUCCAAAAAAAUCCUACAUGGAUGAAAGAGAGGUGGAUGACCUAAUAAAUGAGGUAGCAGACAGCUUAUUCAAGCAUGCUUUGGAGAAAGCAAAAAAGAAGAAAGAAAUGGAGGGUACUGGAAAAGGUGCACCAAAUCUCCAGAUUUUCCUGCAGGACAGUGUAAACAAUUUGCUCUUUGAUAUCCUUUGCCUGACACAGAAGAAAAUCAGUCACAUCUCUGGAUGUGACCAAGUAUCAUUUGAGACACAAGAAGGUGAUACUUGCACUAGAGAGCCUGCUGCAACCAAUGAAAGCGAUCCAUUAAGUCAAUUACAGUGCUUAGUUGGCCAUACUCAGUCCACUAAUAGUGACAACCACAGUGGCAUGCUACACUGCACAGAUAAGCUUACAAUGGUUUCUGCAAUGAAAGAGAAAUAUGUGCUAGAGGAAAAUGACGUCAUUGCAUCUUCCUCCAUAACUCACAGCAAAGAGCAGCAGCAGCCAUCAUCAUGCAGACAGAGUCAGUCUAAAUCCACCUCCUUGCCUUCCAAGGACUUCUCGGACCACCAGCAGAGCAGUGGUGCUAUCAGAGAACCUUGGAAUGAAAUCCCAGUUCAUAACACUGAGAAGAAAGGCCGACUGGUGACAGGUAGUGACGGCAGACAGGCCUCUCUCUCACCACAGUCCUCAUUCAACUCUUGCAGUUCUUUGCUCUGUUUGAGAAUGGACUCGGAGUCCCGGACACCUAUUACAGGCUAUGCUGAAGAUUUGGCUGCAACGGUGGUGUCUAUGGCGACAGAACUAGCAGCGAUCUGCUUGGAGAACUCCUCUGGGAAACAACCCUGGUUCUGUGCCCUAAAAGGGAUGUCUACCGAAGGGCCAGAGGCCUACUUGAUCCCUGCCUGCCGUACAGUCCUUAGGAGGAAAGAGGGACAGAGCAGCAAUGCUGCCUCCAAAAAACAUCGGGCACCACGCCUCAGUGAGAUCAAGAGGAAAACAGAAGAGCAACCAGAGCUGAUGGAGCGGUUGGUGAACCGGGUUGUAGAUGAAUCGGUCAAUCUUGAUGAACCACAGGACCCGUUUGCCCUCUUUGCCUCCGAGGUCACAGCCAGGAUCAUGAAUUGCCCUGAGCUUAAUGUGGUGGAUACCUCCAAAACAGGCCAACCACGCAGUAGGUUGCAGUGUGAGAGGUGGAGCCGUGGGAAGGCAUCUAGUUAUGAGAGCAUUCCAGAAGAAGAUGCAGACCCCUCAGGCAUGCUCAACACCCUGGGCCCUGGCAGUCGAUUAGGUCAGAAUUUGAGCCGUGGUAGCUCAAUUUCUAAGCAGUCCAGCUGUGAGAGCAUCACAGACGAGUUCUCACGGUUCAUGGUAAACCAGAUGGAGACUGAGGGCAGGGGCUUUGACCUUCUGCUGGACUACUACGCAGGAAAAAAUGCCAGCAGCAUUUUGGCUGCUGCUGUGCAACAGGCUGCAUCAAAGAAAAAUGGUCACCUUAAUGUCAGGACCACAUCCUGCUUGUCCAAACAGUCUAGCACAGAGAGCAUCACAGAGGAGUUUUAUAGGUUUAUGCUUCGGGACAUGGAUAAAGAAAACAAAGAGUAUGGUAUUGCCAAGACUAAAGAGUGGAGCAACAGCCUCUUCCCCCCUUCUCCUAGAACACCCUUCUGUAUACGUCAGUCUUCUGUCCCAGAUCGGCGCUCCUCAGACUCGCGACUGACUGUCAACUCACCUAUCAAAGCCAACUCUUUUGAUGGAUUUGCACGCAAUGUGCAUGGAGACACGCUGAAUAUUUUCCCCACCAACUCAGUGUCAGCCACAGGACUGUGUAAAUCAGAUUCUUGUCUCUAUCAACGGGGUAAGACUGAUCAGAUCACCGACAUGCUCAUUCAUGAGACCUGGUCGAGCUCCAUUGAGUCCUUGAUGAGAAAGAACAAGAUCAUUGCUGAUCCAGAGGACAGUAUUGAACUGGAGGCUGCAGGAGACUCCCAGCCCCAUGUGCAGCAGUUUGCCAAUCGCCUGGCAGCUGACAUUGUGGAUAUUGGCAAGUCUGCACUGGGGGGGCAACAAGAUGUAGCUGGGCCAUCUGGGUCAAUCCCACAGCCUCACAUGCCUGUUGGUGAAAGAAGGAGGGGAUUCAAACAAUCACAUCUAAGUUGUGGUCAGAGUAGGUCCAGCCAGGAGCCGAGCGGUUCUGGAGUAGGAUCUGGAACUAGUGACAGCAAUGCACACCGUGUGAGUGGCAUCAGAGAUGUACCUCUGAUCCACAUUGAGGGAGAUCAGAGGGAUGAAGAGACUAUUUUAAACUCUGAAAGGACACGAGAAGGACCUCAGGAAACAACCGCAGACAUGUCAGCUACCAAGCGUACAGAGAGAGCAACAGUCAACAGCAGCAGCAGCAGUGAGAGGGACAGGCCAGCUGUGGCGGUGGCUGCAGUAGUGAAGAGGGACAAGCGUUCUAUGAGUGCUAGCAGUGAAGAGAGCAUGGGGAGCUGGUCCCAUAUAACCCCCGAGGAUGACCCCCACGAGGAGACCAGUAGUUUUAUCCAGCUGAGCGAGGGAAACGGGACCAGCAGCGCCUCCAGCCUGGGGCUGGCAGACCUGGAUGCAUUUUCUGAUGUGCCCACUCAGAGCACAGUAAUCAGUGAGGAGACAGAAAAAGGCCAUCCGGCAGGAACCAAGGAGAAUGUGUUUGAAAGCAAUUCAGUGAGGACAGCAGGUGGCAGUGGCGAUCUCAGGAUGCUGUUGGUGGUAAACUGCGACUUUGAGCCUGAGUGCGUGGACUCGGAGCUGAGAAUAGCCCUGCAGUGGAUUGCUGCCUCCGAGCUGGGCCUUCCUGCUCUCUGCUUCAGGAAGUCCAAAGAGAAAAGGGUUGCAAAGUUCCAGAGGGUGGUCCAUCUGAUGUCUCAGAAGGCGUGGCGGAUUGCGGACUUGUUCAGCGCAGUGGUUCAGUACUGUAAGCUACACGAGAAAGAGGAAGAGGAGGGCCGGUCUUUGUCCAGCCUGUUUGAUUGGCUGUUGGAGACCCUGUAGGGUGGACUAGCUUCCUCAAACUGCAAACAGAAACACACACGCUCACUCAAACUCCUAACAUGUUCCCAAUCGUUUUCCCCUUCCUGUCUCAUCGCACCAAGUGUCUCCAACUUGAAGCUGAAAGCACAAACGUGAUCAGCAUACUUGAGGAAUUCGUACACUUCAGUCUGUCCAUGGAAGUUGUGUUUUUGAGCUUUUUUUCUGUUCACAGCCAUGACCCUUUAACAAAAGCAGGUUUUGAUUUUCACCUCUCUAGAGAGACACACAAACACAGAGCAAACUGUAGGUGUACAGGUGGGACAUUCCUCAUGGGAAUGAACUAACCUUCAAGAGAUUAUAGUCAGCAGGUUUUAACUGCUCCAGAUUAUAUAUAAAUUAUCUAUAUAUUUACAGAUUCUCACAACCAAAUUAUGUAUUUAUUUAUUCCAAAGGAACACACAUGAAGCAAAGUACCAAUAGAGGAUAGGGAAAUCAGGUUAAAUUCUUCCCACUACUCAACAUGUUCAAACUUUUGUAUCAAAACUACUUUGUAAAAGAGGCUAUGUAAGGAAAUGUAAGCCCAGAAAAAGAUCUUUCACUUUCUUAACAUGGCCACCUGAAAGUGCACAUUUGCUUAAGUAAGUAAAAUGCCCAUAUCUUUGUGUUCAUUGGCCAAUAUAUCACCUCUGUUGUGACCUUGAAAUUCAGUUCUAAGUAAGUGUGUUUUCUUGUUAAUGUUACUUGAGAACUGAUUAUUUUGGAUAGCUGUAUUGUACAUACUGUAGAUUUGGAACUUCUGCACCUUGGAGUAGUGGUCUGCUCUCUUUAGCUUUUCCUAUGUCAGAAGGACAGAGUGAGGUUUGUAAUGUUGAAUUUGUAUGUGAAUUUGGUCUGUUUAUUUCUCUAUUUAGUGGUACUCUAGUAUUACAUCCGCAUUGGGGAAAAAAAAAAGCACACGAUUCAACUGUAAACUCUGUCAUGGUAGAACUGAAUGUAUUUAUCUUUUGACAUCAUUAAAUUUCUGUGAUGUGAAAUACAA